AUGGCGAUUCUUGAAAUCUCAUCUAUCUAUCAGUCGUCUAUCUAUCUACCUAAGUCCGUAACAAUAUAUUCAAUGAUAUGGACAAACAUCAUUUUUCUAUCUAGUCUAUCUACAGAUCUCCUUAAUAAAUAUCUAAAACCAUCUAUGUCUGGAGGUCCAAAAAUUAACAGUAUUCUUUUCAUUUGUUCUUCUUUAUUUUCAUUUUUCCAAAUUUUCUUAAUCCUUUCUUCUUCUUCUUAUCUUUUUCUUAGUUUUGACAACAUUUUCUUAUUGGUUCUUUUUCAAUCUUCUUCUUCUCUAAUUUCAUUCCUUUUUCUUCUCAUUCUCACCCAUCUUGCUCGUUUAUUAAUAUUAUUAUUAUUAUUAUUCAGCUCACCUUCGGACUUCUUCUUCUUCAUCAUGGUUUCAUUUAUCUCCCCUUUCACAUUCUUCUUAAUUCUUUUCCUCUUCUUCUUCUUCUUCUUCUUUUCUUCCUUACAACAUUUUUUGGUCAAAUUGCUGUUUGAUUAUUGGAAAAAUCUGUCAUUCUUAUUUUCUCUUUUUUUACUUUCUCUUAUCUGUAAAUGUGAACUCUUUUCUCUAAAUCCAAAUAUUUGUUUUGCAAUUUCACCAGAUUUUAGCUUCUUUUUUAAUAACAGAUUUUCAUUCUUCGCUCUUCUUCCUUUUUCUUUCUUGUCAGUUGAAUUGCCAAAAUUUAUUUUUAACCUUCAAACUCUCGCUUUCUUGAGAAUCCCUUCUUUUCUGACGAUGCGAGAGAUAAUAUUAAAUUAA